UCCACGUGAAAAUCUCCUAGCAUUCUCUCUCUCUCUCAACCCACAAGAAUCCCUCCCUUUCUGGCUUUCUCUCUCUAAAACUAUCAUGUCCUCCACCGCGGCUCCCGUCCUUCCCAUAUCCAACCCCCAAACCACCGCCGCAGGCGGCGGCGCCAUCGAGGCUCCGGCGAACAACCCGGCCUUCCGCGCCUUCAUCAACAACCUCUCCGCGUCCCUCCGACACGGCCUCGACCAGCGCCGCCCGUGGUCGGAGCUCGGGGACCGCUCCGCGUUCUCGAAGCCCGAGUCCUUCUCCGAAGCCACCCUCCGCGUCCGCAAGAACUUCUCCUACUUCCGCGUCAACUACUACGCCGUCGUUUCACUCAUUCUCGCAGUCUCUCUCCUCACCAAUCCUUUCUCUCUCAUCCUCCUCGUCGGCCUCCUCGCCUCCUGGACCUUCCUCUACCUCUUCCGUCCGUCAGAUCAACCACUCGUUAUUCUUGGCAGAACUUUUUCAGAUUUCGAAACCCUAGCGCUCCUCUCCGCCUUCACCGUCUUCGUCGUCUUCCUCACCAGCGUUGGAUCUGUUCUCGUCUCCGCUCUCAUGCUUGGCGUCGCCGUCGUCUGCCUCCACGGCGCGUUCCGCGUGCCGGAGGAUCUGUUUCUUGACGACCAGGACAACUCUCAGGCCACCGGAUUCCUCUCCUUCCUCCGCGGCCCUGCCGCCUCCGCCACCGCUGUUCCCACCGUUGCCGCACGCGUUUAAGUAAACAAAAAAAAAAGAUCUCAGCGAAAUCCUCAGAUCUGGGGAUGUUUCUCCCGAUCUGAUGAGUUUUGGUGCCUGGAAGCAGAAUGAAUCUUGAAAUGUAGUUUCUCUUUUAUUUUUGGUUUUUAAAUUCCUUUAUCUGUCUAAACGAAUUCUAUUAUACAUAGGAUGAAUAAGAAUUAUGAUUACAUUUUGUAUGGGUCUCUGUUAUUUUGAUAUUGUUAUAUACAGGGAUCUGCAAAUCUCGCUGAUGAAUCUA